AUGUCUUCAGCCAAGAAGCGCCCCGUGCCCCCCCCCCUUGUUGGGGAGCCCCAUGGGGGUGACUUUGGUGUCUACAUGCAACACAAAAUACAACGUCUCCAUGCCCAACUCAAUGAAAAAAGCGGAGAGGAGGAUGUUCCUAUCAGUCGCAUCUUUGAGGGCAUGGUAUUUUUCAUCAAUGGCUUCACUCCCUUGCCUGUCGAGGAGCUGCGGGCUCUAGUGCACGAGCACGGAGGACACGUUGCUGCCUACGAAACCUCCAAUGUCACACACAUCCUUUGUACAAAUCUUCCACAUGCGAAACUGAAGCAGCGUCGCGCCCAGAAGCUGGCUCGGGGCGCACAUCAGCAGCUACCGGUUAUUCAUCCGGACUACAUCUUGGCGUCAAUCGAACAGGGUCGCCGGCUCCCCCCCGCAGACUUUCUUGUCGAUGGCGUGAAGUACCACCACGGACAAGGUAUUCAGGCAUUCAUGCCUCGAAGAUGCGGAGAUGGAGGUGCUCGUCGAGCCGCCAGUGCGCUUCACGGCCCUGCCCUCGACCUCACGACUGCCUUGGCCACAGAAGGCACUGCUUUCGCCGUCCCUGCGGAUACCCCCGUGUCCAAUGACGACGCAGGUUGGAAUGCCAGUGAAGCACACCAAGAGUUGGAGCGCGCGACUGUCCUUGGGCCUGUGUCGCCGGCGGCCACGGCGGUGGAGGAGACGAGUCAGACCCCCCCGCGCUCUCCUAGCCCCUCCUCCUCUCCCGGGCCGUCCACCGCCCUACCGCACCGUGAAGAAAGGAUGACACCACCGUACCACACUCUUGCCGGCGGCAGCAAGGCCUCGUGGAGCCCCCUAUCACCGCCCUUGCCGUCUCCGUCCACGACUCCCUCCUCUCGAAGCAGACCGACGGGGCGCAGGGCGGAUGGGGGCCAGAACGCCGCGGGCAGUGUCACGGGCGGGCUGCUUUCGACGAAAGAGGAUCCCGAUUUUAUAAAGAAAUACUUCAAGUCCUCUCGCUUACAUUUCAUCGGCAGUUUUCGGGCCCGCAUGCAGGACUUGGCGGCCGAGCAUGCUAGGGCUCGCCGAGCGGCCAGGGCUGUCCAGUCGUCCGAGGCGGGGGAAUCUAAUAUGCGCCAUUGCCAGCGGCGGCUGAUUAUGCACGUAGAUAUGGACUGCUACUUUGUGAGUGCCCUCGUUCGGGACCGGCCGGAAUUGGCGGGAAAACCUGUGGCCGUUGCUCAUGGGGAGGGGCAGGAGCGACACAGCAGCAGCGAGAUCUCCUCGUGCAACUACCCGGCCAGGGCUACUGGCGUGCGGGCAGGAAUGUUCGUCGGCGAGGCCCAGCGGCUCUGUCCCGGGCUAAAGGUGCUGCACUAUGACUUCGAGGUCUACGAACGGGUCUCCCGGGCGAUGUACCAGAUCUUCUUCGAAGAGGCGGAGGUCGUGCAGCCCGUGUCCUGCGACGAGGCCUACUUGGAACUGGCAGCAGGGACGGACCCGGAGGCGGCUGCUCGCCGGGUGCGGAGGCGCUUGAUGGAGGCGACGCGCUGUCCUGCCAGCGCGGGCGUGGGCAGGAACAUGCUCCUGGCGCGGCUGGCCACCAAACACGCCAAGCCCAACGGGCACCACGUCAUGCUCGGCGCGGAGGAGUCGAUGGUGUACCUGGAGAACCUCCCAGUCCGCGAGAUCCCGGGGGUGGGCUGGGAAUCGGACGCCAAGCUUGAGCGUAGAGGUCUGCGGACGUGCGGUCAGUUGUGGGAGGUGCGCCUCCCGCAGUUGCAAUCCUGGUUGGGGCCCAAGACGGGGAGCAUGCUGUACAGGGCCUGCAGGGGGCAGGACGAUCGGCCGGUGGUACCGCAAACCACGCGGAAGUCUGUGGGAGCAGAGGUGAACUGGGGAGUGCGGUUCUCGCAGGAGGAGCAGGUUGAGGUGUUCGUGGACAGGCUGGCGGUCGAGGUCGCGCAGCGCUUGGCCCAGGCAAAAGUGCAGGCCCGACACCUCACCUUCAAGAUCAAGCGGAGCCAGUACGGUCCCAACGAACCGGAAAAGCUCCUGGGCUGUGGUCGCUGCGAUAAUUUGAGCCGAUCGGUGGCCUUGGCCCGGCCCACUGACGGGCCUGCGGACAUUGCCGCGGUCUCUCUCCGGCUUCUGGCCCAGCUUCAAGUCCCGCCCGCCUUGAUCCGAGGGUUGGGCAUCCAGCUUUCGAAUCUGUUGGUGGACGGGCAAGCCGGCGUACCUGACAAGAAGGGCGCUGGAAGUAUGCAGGCCUGGCUUCAGAAGACGGAUGAUCUCAGUGGC